GGUCCUUCUCCAACGAAAUGGCGCCAAAGAUGACGUGGCUCUCCAUUCGCGCCAAAAAAAACCCCUUGAUGCUUCUCCCUUUAUAUUCCUGACCGAUUCCACCCCUUCACCUCCACUGUGUGUGUUUGUUUGUGCUGCCAUGGAUGCCGGUAAACUGUCGCCGUUGAAGUCGAAGAAGCUUCUAAGUUCGCCUGCGCCGUUGGAUCGGAAGGUUUCUGCUCCGAGCCUGGACCCGCUGAGUGUGAAGACCCCAGGGAAGCCGGUGGACCAGCCUCGGAGGCUGCACAACCACGCAGUGGCUUUAUCCGUUUCGGAUGUCAGGAAAGCGGCGAUGAAGCUCUGCGAACGGGUAUCCGAUCCGCCUCCGAGAGCCAACGCGGUUUCGAUUUCAGAGGAACCGGAGAUUGCAAAACUGAAGAAGCCGGCUGCUGCUGAGGUAGAGCUUCCCGAAAAAUACGAGUUGUUGGAGAAGUUCUUCAACAGCUUGGAUUCCUCAAUUAGAUUGCUUCAAUUGAAGAGAUCUGCAACAACAUUUAGUAAUAUUAGCCCCCAAAUAGGAACUUUGACCGAUAGGAGAUUUACAUACAGCCAUUUAGCUCAACUGAAAUUCAUCUUGCCAGAGGCUAUUGUGCUGGAGAAAACCCUUCAACACGACGAGCGCACAAGCUGUAUGAAACCUGAUCUCCGCAUUACAUUGGAUGUUGAAGCAAUCAAGACCAAAGGCAAGUCAAAAUCUGGGAAUUUACAGCUGCGAAAAGUAUUUCGCAACCGGCUUCUGCAUUUCUUCAAAUCUCAUCCAGAGGGUGAUGAAGUUCCAGAGGCAGUGCUACCAGAGCCAUUUAAUCGAUCAAAGGAGGCAAAUUCAGCCCAGCCAUCUGGCACAUCCUCAACUGGUCAGACACAGGGUGUAGCAUCCCCAGGAUUAUCAGUCAGAGCCUCACUUCUGCCUCCAUCAUUUAAUAGGAGCUUUUCACUGCGGGAAUCUGGUCAUCAAGUGGAAAAGCUAAAGCAAGAACUGUCUUCACUCAGUGGUCCUGCUCUUCCUUCAGCUGAUACUGAAGAUAAACAUGCUGGAUGUAGCUUCUCUCUUACAGAAGAUAGUAAAAUUGCCAGAAUCUCAGGCAAGGAGACAUGUUCUUCUUAUGAAGAUUCUUUAAGCAGUGAAACGCCGUCUACUUUCCCCAACACCCAGGUGAAAUGUAUCAAUUCUGUGAAGGAUGAUGACAUGACUUCUGAAAUUAAAACGCCAGUGAACAUGUCAUCUACUCCAAUGAGUGCUACGCCUGCACUUCAAUCUACUAAAAGAUGCUAUAUGAGCCCAGAUAAAGAUGCAUGCAGAACGCCAAGCAAACUCGUUAGACGGCCGCCCCCAAAGAGGCAUCUGAAAUUUGAUACUCCGGUGAAGGGUGUGAAGAAUGAUGGUAAUGAUGAUGGCCUGAGAGGACCCUCACCAGCUCGCAGUGACAUCUUCAACAUUCUCCCAGAGAGUCUCAUACAAUCUAUUCAAGAAAAGGAGAGAUUGGCAUCAAUUGAGCAGGAGCCAGCAAUCUCUCAAGCAAUGAGGCGCCGGAAAAUGAUUGCGGGCCUACCCAAGCUCUUUGAAAGGAUUUAUUUCUUCUUCCAAUCAAUAAGACGCGCAGUCGUCACUAAAGAGGAGCUGAUUCAGAUACUAAUCACCCAGCUAGAUAUCGUUGACAAAAAGGAGGUGGAAGAGCAGCUCAGAUUGCUGCAAGAACUCGCUCCAGAGUGGAUUUAUGAGAAGCCUGCGUUGAGUGGGGGUCUACUCUUAUGUGUCAACAAGAUUUUGAGCCCAGAAGCCAUGCGUAUGAGGCUGUCCGAGGCAAUAUGAAAGAAGCAAGAAAUCAUGUAAAGAGCAUUUUGAUAAAGAGAAUUGAGUGUUUUACAAUCAUUUUACCACGGCAGUAAUGCUGGAUUUUGCUCAUCUUUGAGUUUGAGCCAGAAUGAAUAGGUCUUUUUAUCAUUGGUGUUUCUUCUUUUUGUAACUAAGUUAGCAUUAACUGCUGCAUUUAGUGUAGGGGGAAGUUGUAUAUUCGCUUAAUCAGUUUCUGUAAUUAUAUGAUUAUCUGGGAAAAUAAAUCUUGUCAGAGCCUUUGGAUUUUA